AUGUCAUUACCAGAAUUUAUCUCAAGUUGGUCCCAAAUCUCCAACAAAGAAGAUUUCAUGUUCCAACUCAAUGAUGCCGAUGAAAAUCAACUUACAGUAGUUUACUUUGGUCAACCAAAUUGUAUUGCUUGCGAUUUGGUCAAAGAUUUUAUGAGAGCCUUACCAGGUAGAUACCCUAAUGCAGUUUUCUUCCAAGUUCCAUUUGGUUCCUCAGUUACUGUUGAUUGUAUGUGGGCCAAUGAUGUCGCAAUCUAUCCAUUCGUAAAGGUCUUCAAGAAUUUUACCACAGUUCAAAAUCAUAUGGGUUACGUUACUGGCUCUGGUACUACUAUGAUCGAUAAUUUAAUCAAGAAAUACUAUUAG